GGCUGAUUAAAUCAGAGAAUGAACCCUCGCAUGAUGGAUCCCUUGCCGGCAUUUUCUUUCGCCUACAACUCUUCCCAAAUAUCUCAGCGGAAACAUGGACAACGCGCUUGAUCUUCCCAGGACUGAGGCCGUACAGGCUUGAAAGAACGUGCUCCGUUCCUGAAUCUUAAACAAUAUCGUCCUGUACGUGAUUGCUAUUGCUGGGGCAGCCGUUUGUUUUUAGUCGCACUUCUCUUUAUCAUCAUCGCCAUUGCCAUCGCCAUCACCACCACUACCAUGUCUCUCACUUACGCCCAGGAAAUCGAAUACAAGGAGGCCUUUGCCCUCUUCGACCCCACCAACUCUGGUGUCAUUCAGCCCAAGGCUUUCGCCGACUUCCUUGCUCUCCUCAAUGACCCCGAGUUGACCAAGAACGUGAAGAUUCCCACGCAACCCGUGGACUAUAAGGCGUUCAUUGCGUUGAUGGCUAAAAACCACAAGGGUGCCGAAACCUCUGAUGAGGCCUAUGGCGCCCUGUUCAGGUCAAUUAAUAAGGACGGCUCUGGUAAUGUCUCUGCUGCCGAGCUCCGCACUGCCCUUCAGCAUUUUGGCAACAGCUCACUCUCGGAGGCCGAUGUCGAUGAGAUUGUUCACGAAGCCGAUGUCUCCGGUGAUGGUCGCAUCACUCUUGAGGAAUUCCUGAAGAUCAUGCAAAAGUCCGAGAAGAAGCUGCGUGGCGAGCACGUUCUGUGAGGACCUUUACUUUCUUCAAAUAUAUCUCUCCUUUCUCUCUCUCUCCUCACGGUCGCUGCACUAAUCUUCGAAUAAACGAUAUUUGGAAACGCAAA